AUGAAAAUUAUCUCUUAGUUUUUCGCACUGAAAACUUUUAUUUAUGUAUUACUUGUCCUUCCAAAACUAAAAUGUUGCUCAUAUAGUGAUUAUGAAGAUGCCUUACUGCCACUAGAGUCUCCAAGUUUUAAUUAACUAAUCAAUUUUGAAGAAGGAAUUUCAUUUGAAUUUGGGUUUUGGAGUUUAUGUGUUCCCUAAUAAAGAUUGAAAGAUGUCUCCUUUGUUGAUUAAGAAUUUGAAGCCAAACAACCUGAAGAUGGAUAAUUCUUGUUUUUAAUUAAAGAAUAGAAUGGUAAUUCAAUGAUAGGAUUUAUAACAAUGAGUUUAUAACCUGAUCUAGUUAUUCAUAAAAUAACUAUUAGUGGAUAAGAACAAACAACAUUCAACUUUAAUUACGAUCCAAUAAUAUAUGAGGGAAAAUGGAUUUUAAAUGUUUUUUCUUACAACUUCCCUGAAAAGAAAAUAUAUUUUGAGAUGACUGAUUAAGCCAAAUAAAGUUGGGAUAUAAAUAGCAGCCAAAUUUAUACCUAAAUCUUCUUAGGAGGAAGAGGAUUAGUAAUAAUAUAUUGUAAUAUUUAUAUAGAUUGAGAAAUUAAACCUAAAUAGUUUUAAAGGGAGAUUGUCCAAGAUCCUGAUCAAAAAGGUGGAAAAUUUAGAAGAAACUUUAUUCUAAUAUUUGAAUAAUUAUUGCUAGAUACCUUUCCCAUUACAAGGGGAGUAAAAGUCCUAUUUGGUUAAAGGACUGUAAGUAUUUGAUGGCGAAACAUCUCACUAAUAUACAAUAAAUUAAUUUGGCACUAGAUACUGCUUAUCUGGAUGGAUAAAAUAUGAUGCAUCAAGAGUAAUUGAGAAAUCGACUUAUCCUUUAAUUAGAAUUAGUCUUUUUAAAAAUUAUUUUUAAUAAACAUAUUUUGGUGAUGAAAUAUUUGUUUUAUAAGCACACCUAAACAAAAUUGAACCAAGAUUAAGUUAAAUUGAAAUUUAUAAUGAUUUCCAUAUGAUACCUGUAGUUGGAAAGAUUGGUGGCCCAACAAUUAAUUAUUCUCCAACUCUUUUUAAUGAUGGGUUUACUACUCGCUAUUUUGAAGGGUUAUAAUAAUGGCAUUAUUUACACUAUGAAUAAGGUUCAACAAGUUAAUUUAAGACUUUAUUAUAUGUGCAAUUUUUUAAUGAGUUAAAUCUCUAAAGAAAAAUGAAAAAUAUAGCCUCAACAUGUAAUUCCCCUUUUUAUCUUUAUUUGGGAUCGGAUGAAUUUGCUAUAGAAUUGCUUCAAGCUUCCCUUUAUGAUUUCAAAUUCGAAUACAAUUAUAUGGAUGAUAAAUAGAUGCUAUUUAAUGGUAUAAUUGAACAAUUAAUAUUAGCUUGUCAUUACUCUUGUCAGACUUGUGAUGGGCCUCUUGAAAAUAAUUGUGUCAAUUGUUAAGAAAAUGUUAAUAGACAUUAUUUGGUUGAACAAAAAAAAUGCAAAUGCAAACACGGAUAUAUCGAUAUUCCAGAUGAGAAGGUUUGUAGGGCAUUUGAAGUAGAGUAUUCUUCGGUUUACUAAAUAGAAGGAACACGUUAUGCUGAAGGUUAAUGUGAAUUUGGGUACUUUCUCUCUCCAAACGAAAACCAUUCUUUUGAAUGUAAAAUUUGGUAAUAUAUGUAAUUAAUUUUAGUCCAUAAUCCAAUUCCUAUGACAUUCUAUGUGUUGAUUGCAUUUAUUAUCCAUUAACUUGGUAUUUAAAACCAAUAUGUAAACACGACCUAAUCUCUUAAAAAUAUAAUGCUUAGAGUGCAUUCGAAUAAGUAAAGAGAGAUGAAUUUAACUAUGACUUUUAUCUUAUUGAUUUAAAUAAUGUAAUCACGCUUCAUUAAGGAUUUAUGGAUUUUUGUGACAUAGAACUAGACUCUAGUUGCUUUAAAACUAAAUAUUUACAUUUAGGCAAAUACGUAAAUGUAAAAUGUAAGCCUAAUUACUAUUCUUAAAAUGAAGAUUGCAUCUUCACAAAUAUCAAUUGUUUACUAGCAUCAAGUGAUGGAAAUUGUUUACAAACUAAAAUAGGGAUAUAUCAAUAUAACAACUAUUUCUAUGAAUGCCCAUUGACUUGUUUAACUUGUGAGCAUAACGCUGACUCUAACAGCUUAAAAUGUUAAUCUUGUUUGAAGGGUUAUGCUUUAGAUAAUGGAGAAUGUGUCAGUUGUGGAAAUUUCUGUGCAUUUUGCCAGAAAUAUCAUGAUUCUAAUACAGAUACAUAAUAUCUAAGAUGUUUAAAAUGCUUAGAUGAUUCAAAGUACUUUUUAUCAUUUGAUGGUAUAAAUUGCUUUGAGAAUAAAAUCUAGAAUUGUCACUAUGCUUUUUAGGCCUUAUCAAAUGAUUUCUAGGUUAAUACUCUAGAUCUCAACUUUACCCCAAGAAAUGAUUGGCAAAAUAUUAUUACAACAUGCGGGAGAUGUCAUUAUAGUUAUGUUCUAAUAAUGGAAACCAAUAUUUGUUUAUUAUAACCUGAUGACAAGUGUUUUUUUCUAUAUGCUGAAAAUUUUAGCAAUUCUACUAUUUUUGAUGAAUUUACAAUAGAUAAUUUGCUCUAGACGUAUUAUGUUGAAAAAGAUGAUGGUGAAUUGAUAUCUCUUGCAUUUGAUCCUAAUGAUUUUAGUAUUUUUGCUACAUCAAUACAGUAUUGUAUGAUUCACUAAAUAUAUACUGAAUCAAUAAGAUAUAAUAUUGUUCAAUUUAAUCUCUAAUGUCCAGGAUACAUAGAAAAUUGCGAAACAUGUAUAAGAGAGAAGGUAACAUAUGCAGGUAUAGUUCAUAUUUGUUUGAUAUGCAAUCAGGGAUACUAUGCUGACAGAAUAUCAGGUAAAUGCUUCCAAUGUCCAUCAGAUUUGAAUUGUUAAUAUUGUACUUAACAGUAAAAGCUAUUGAAGGAUGCUUGGAAAAUAUAUAUCAGAGCUUUUUAUUAACUUUUUAUUAAUUCAAAUGAUGAUCAUCCCUUUAAACUUUAUGCAUAAAGUGAGGUGUAAGAUGAUUAUGAAAUUAUAUGCACUUUUUGUAGAAAAGGAUAUGAAUUAGUAAAUGAAAUUUGUAUAAAAGCUUGUCCUGAUUCAUGUUUAGAAUGCCAAUAUAUAAAUGGAAGGAAUUAAUGUAUAAGAUGCCAGCUAGAAUAUUAAGGAAGAAAAUUAAGUUUAUCAGAAAAUGAAUGUAUAGAAUGUCCUUAAAAUUGUGCAUUAUGUAGGAUUCGAUCAUAAGAAGAAAUUUAAUAAAUUAAUCCUUUUUUUAAUAAUGAUAAUUAUAUCACACACACAUACUAAUGUUUAUAAAGUUUUGAGGAUUAAGACUAUUAUUUUGAUCAGUAAUUAGGAGGCUUCAUUGAUUGUAUCAAUGUAAACUACUGUGAAAAAUAACUCCUAAUUCCAAUUAAUUUAUUUUGCUCUUAAUCAGAUUUCAUAAACGCAUUAAAUGAAGAGUAGACUGAUUACAACAAGGAGUAAUUUAAAAAAAGCAAUAUAAUCUUGGAGGAUCUUGUUUCUGGAUCCAGUUUUAAAGAAGUAAUUAUCAUUCUUUAAUUAAUUAGUUUGAGAAUAAUCAUUUUUAUUUCUAAGUUAAUUCUAAAAUGAUUAAGACAAUUGUUCUUCAAAUUAAAAGUGUCAAACCUUAAACUUGUAAAAUUAAUGGAAAUGCAACAAUUUAAUAGAUCUUUAGUUAGAAUAUUUUUUCUGCUAUGUAAAUUGUAACCUUUAUCUUUCUAGAAAUGUUGAAUUGUAAAUAAAUUUUAAUCAAAAUACUAUCGUUGAAUUUGAAAGAACUGUCACAUUUUAGAAUUUUAGAAAAAUUUCAAUAUUAGGAGGUAUAUUCUAACCUUUGUCAAACAAUUAUUUAAAAUAACUAAUAUUUUAAAGCUUAUUACCAUAAGUGAUUCUUAUAGAUUCUUUUAAAUAUUAGCAAAUCUCAUAGAAAAUAGACUAAUCUUAAUUAAUUUUUUAAAAUGUGAGUUAAUUAAAUAUCAAUAAUUUCAAAAUAAUAAAUCUUAUUCAAAAUAAUAUUGAUAAGUUUAUUUAAAUUACAAAUACCCCCUUUGUUAAAUUAAUUAAAUUUCAAAAUUUUGAGAUCUUAAAUUCAAUUCUAAACAAUUAAAUCACGCUUUUUUUUUAUCUAAACAACUAAGAUAUCAUCGAUCUAUCAGAUUUAUAUAUCAAUGCACAGUUUGCUAAUUCAACUUUUAUAGAAACUGGAAAUUCUUAGUAAAAUGGGGAUCUUACUAUUAAAAAUAUUAAUUUUAAAAUAGAUUUACUUAAUUGUUUAAAAUUCAUGAGCUGGAUAUAUUUUAAUCACAUAGUUAUAUCUGGAAUUUCAAUUAUUAAUUCUAUAAUUGACAACUCAACUCUUAUCAUUCUUAAUAAUUACAAUAGUUUAAAAGACUUAACGAUUAAAGACAAUUAAUUUAAAUAAUUAAGUUAUGGAGUUAUUAAUUCUAAUUAAUCAUUUGAAAAUAAUUUAACGAUGGAGUUUACUAAUAUUAUUUUAGAUCAUAAUGAAUAUGAUUAAACUACAAAACUUAUUUGUUUUAACAAAUACAAUAACGCAUAUUCUUUUAUCAAAAUCAAUAAUUUAAUAAUAUCUAGUAAUUUUGCUACAUCUAUUGAUUCGAAUUUUAAUUUGAAAACCUAAAAUCUUGCUCUAAUGUACAUUUAACUAGAUGAAGUCUAUAUAUCAAAUAUCAAUAUUUAUAGGGGAUAUGGAUUGAAAGAAAUUAGUAUACAAAAUGCAAAAGUUUUAAGACUAAUAUCUAGUAAAAUAACUUAAAGUGACGAACAUAAAUUUCUUGGACUUCAUUAAUAUCUUGAUUGCCAAUUAUAAUAAGUCUAAGGUCAAUACUAUUUAUAAUCCCUCUUUAUUACUUCCGUGAUUGAUUUUGAAAUAAUUGAUAUGCAAAUAAGAAACAUUUAAUCCUACAAUUCUCCAGUCAUAUAUUACAAGUCUUCUGAUAGCAUAGCACAAUCAUAACUAGAAUCAAUACGUUUAGUUAAUUUCGUUGUUGACUCAAAUUUAUUGCUUCUAUCAAAUUCAUAAUUUUAAACCGCAAUCAUUUUUAUAGAGUCCAUAUAAUAGACUAUUUUAGAAGUUAAGAAUGUUUCAUUUAUAGGCAAUAUUUUACAUGAAUAUGUUUAGAACAAUCUUCAAAUCUCGUCAUUAUUAUUAAACUUCAAUUGCAUUUUGGGCUUUAUAACUAUUACCAACUCUCAUUUUUCUUAAAAUACCCUCUAUAACAGCACAGAUAAUUUAAUAUUCAUAAAAAGCCAAUAGUUGAAGAUGACAAACAAUACUUUUUAUCAAAAUAGUUAUUUUAAUUAUUAAUAUAUGCAACCAUUUUUAUUAUGGGGAUUUGGAGAAUCAGAAAAAGUAUCAUAUCAACAAAUAAACAGUAUUUUUUAAGUAAAGUCAAAUUCAGGAGUUGGUUAGUUUAAGGUGGAGAACCUGGAAAUCAAGUUUUGUCAUUUUGAGUAAUCUGCAGGGUAUUAAGGAGGAGCAUUAUAUAUUGAAGCCUAAAGGAAUAGUAUAGUUACAAUUUCUGAGACUUAAUUCAAGAAUAUUUCGACUUUAUUUUCCAAAGAUUUAGGAUAAGGUGGAUCGAUAUAUUUAGAUGGAACUACAUCAGAAACUCUUAACUUAUCAAUAUCUCAAUUAACAAUUAAUGAUAUCAGUGCUAAAGAAAAUGGAGGAUUCAUUUACAUAAAAUCAGAUUCUCCGAUUAUUUCAAUUUCAAUUAUUCAAUUAUAUAUUAGAAAUAUCUAUUCUAAACUAGGAUCUUUCAUUUAUGUUGUUUUUUCUACUGUACCAUAGGUAUAGUAAAUAGUUAAACUAGACUCUAUUUUUAUUCAAAAUACUUAAGAGGGAUUUAUGAAUUAUUUAAAUUAAUAUACUUAGUUAUCUAAUUCAGAUCAACUAGCUUUGAUAAAUAAUAGAGCCUUAUUUUACUUUGAUUCUGUUAUUAAUCUAAUCAUUUAAAAUAUGGAUAUUUAUAAUAUCUUUAUGGAAUCUGCUGUUAUAAUCAAAAAUGCUUAAAUAGUUGCUAUCAACAAUUUUACAGCUUCUCAUGGUCUUAUUAAUGAUUGUUUACUAAGAUUGAAUCAAAAUUUAUGUAUAUAUUUUUAUGAUAUAUUUUAGAUGAAUCAAGCAAAAUUUAAAUAAAUAAUCUAGAAGUUUAGAACAUUUCAAUAGUAUUGUAGCUAAAGAACUAUAAUUGCGAAUAAUCGACUUUUUUAGAUUCAAAAACAUAUUCUUAAUGCAUUUCUAAUUUUAGAAAGAAGGCAGCACCACUCAAAUUGCAGUAAUAGUCUACAAAUUAAUAUUUUUCUUAUGGAAAUUGUAUCAUAUCACAAAUUUAAGAAUAAUAUGAACAGGAAGAGAAUGUCAUUCUUGUUAAUGAAAAUUCAGGAUUGCUCUUAUUCUUAGAUCUUACAGAUAUAACUUAACUUAAAUUAAACAACCUUAUUUUUUCGUAAAUAAAUUGUAGGUUCUGCUAAAACGGGUUGAUAUUUUAUUAAUUCUUGAGAGUUGAAGAUUUAUUAUUAAAGUAAUAGAUUUCGAGCCUUAAAGUAACUAAUUCGUAAUGUGGAUUAUCUGGUUGUUUUUAGAUUACAAAAGUAAAUGGUAAUAGAUUGCUUACACAAACUGAAGUGAAUAUUUAAUAAAUGAAUUUAGAAGUUUUUAUAAAUAACUAUGUUUGUCAAUAUAACAUUGCUUAAAAUGGAACCUGCUUAUUUAUAGAAAAUGUUAGAGUCCUGAUAUCUAAUUCAAUUUUUUAAUAUAAUAAAGCAUCUGAAACAGGAGGUGCCAUAUUUGUGAAAAUGAAGCAAGAUCUCUUGAUUACAAGCAGUGUAAUAUCUCACAAUUCUGCUUAUAUAGGAGGAGGAAUUUAUUUAAUUGAUUAAUAGGAUAUCGAUUACUUUAAUCUAAAUACAAUUGUGAAUAAUAAUUAAGCUUAGUUUUUUGGAGAAAAUAUCAUAUCAGUUCCCCAAAAAUUGACAAUAACUAUAUAAAGUGAAAUUACAAAAUUAACCACAAAAUCUAUUAUAAAAAGUUAAGAUCUUUUGAUACAAUAAGUUAUUGUUUAAUAAAAUGCUUUGAACGAAUAAUAGUUUCUCUAUUUGCCGAGUGGUUAAUAGAUUUCUCUUUAUGAAUAUUUCUCUAAAGCGAAUCGUACUUACACUACUUUGAAUGAAAAAUUCCGUGUUUUAGCUUUGGGUAAGGAUAAUAGCAUAAUUAAAAAUCUCAAAAACUCAUAUUGCACCAUCGAUAGCAGAAGAAUUAAUAUAGCAGAACAUUAAUAUGAAUAAGUUCCUUUUAGUAACAAUUUUACAAACUUUGAUAGUGUAUAUUUUAAUGAAUAGACGUAAGAUUAUAAUCUUGAUGAUUUAAUUGUUUAUUUUGAUAAUGAAUUACCACCUCAUAUAGUAUUAUAAUUGUAAUUUAUGUGCAAUUCUGUUGUAGUUGCUAAUUAUAAUUAAUAAUACCCAUAUAAUUUAUUAAGCACGCAUUAAAAUUAUAAAUUAAGGAUCAAUAUUAAAACUUUGCCUUGUUAAUUUGGAGAAAUCAAAAAUUAUACAGAUUAUUCUUGUACUCCAUGUGAUAAUAAUUAAGGAUUAUUUUCAAUAACUCUUAAUUCUUAGAAAUGUGAACUUAAGGAUGAAAUUUCGACAAUUAGUGUCAAAUCAGCUCUAUUAAACUUAAAAUUUGGUUAUUGGAGACCAUAUUUUUAAAGUAAUUUGGUAAGUUAUUGUCUGAACUUACCUGAAAAUUGUCUAGGUGGUUGGCUAGAAGGCGAUGAAUCCUGUUUUACAGGGCACAUUGGAGCAUUAUGCGAACAAUGUGAUUUGUAUAAUAUUCGAGGACAUGGACAAUAUUCUAUUAGUUCGAAAUACUCAUGCGGACUCUGUACAGAAAAUAAUAAAAAUAUAAUAAUUAUUACAUUAGUUAGUAUUUGGUAUUUUAUAUUAUUAAUUAGGACUUUGAUCUCUAUUUUGAUUUCAGUUCAAAGUACAAUUAAAGCCAUCCAAGAAUUUGUUAGAAAUUUCUGCUUUUAAAAAAUGGGAUUAGCAGUUAACUAGACAAUAAAUUAAUCAGCAAUUCUAAUUAAGAUGCUUACCAAUUAUUUAUAAAUAAUUUCAUCUAUUGGUACAUUUUAAUUAAAACUACCAAUCGCACUUGAAAGUACUGUAAAUGCAAUGGGAUCUCCAAUUUAAGCAAUGACUUAUUCUUUAGAUUGCUUCUUAUAAUAAGCUUUUCAAACAGAAAUUUAAUAUGCUAGAAUGAUUUGGUAAAUAAUUAUGCCAUCAAUUUAUAUCUCUGUUUUUCUUCACGGAUAUUUAUUUUUAAUUCUCAGGAAGCAUCUUUCUUUUAAUAUCUGUGUUAUUACUACUACUUUUAUUUACAUGUACAUCUAUUUACAACCAAGUGUGAUUGGAGGGUUUGUGUAGCUAAUCUCGUAUAGAGAGAUUUCAGGAUAUAAAUGGAUCUAAUCAAAUGUGUCAUAGAGAUAUGACACAUCUUACCAUGAACAAUGGAUGCUUAGACUUUGCUUUCCUUUACUUUUCAUUUUUGCCAUUUUCAUUCCCAUUUACUUUUUCUAUGGACUUUAUCAUAAUUCUGAAAAACUGGACUAAAAGAAGGUGAGACUUUAAUGGGGUUAUUUGUAUAAUGAAUAUACUAAAUCUGCUUAUUUUUGGGAGGUUAUAAAAAUCGCUCAAAAAGAAUUGAUGAUCAUUUUCUUAACCUAUUACGAUGAUAGAAUAAUAAUUAAAGCUACCAUUAUUUUACUAAUUACUGGAUUAUAUUUAGAAUUAAAUAAGAAUUAUAAACCUUACAAAUAAAGUGCUUUAAAUCAAUUAGAUUGUUAUUCUACCAAUGUAUGUCUAGCAUCAAUUGUUUUAGCCAUAGGUAUCUAUAUUUCAUAAUAAUCAAACUCCAUUGAAAUUUAAAUUCCGUAUUAAAUCAUAAUAAUAAUACUUAAUAUUCAUGUGACCUAUUUGUUAAUAUCCAAAAUAGUAGUGGAAUAUUUCAAAGAAAAAACAACUGGUUAUUAAGAUAAACUUGAUAUAGUAAGAUAGGCAAUUAGAAAACGAUUCCCAUCUUUUUAAAAAAUCGAAUUUUUAAGAAGAGUUUUGAAAGAUCGAAAUGAGUAGCGAAUUCGAAUUAAAAAAAAUUACUUGAAAUUGAGAGGUUUUUUGAUUCCUUUAGCUAAGGAAAUGAUACUUAUAAAAAAAUCAUCAUGUCAGGUUUCUAUUGAGAGAAACUUAGACUCGAACCUUAAUACUAAUCAUUUGAGUCUAAGAAGUCCAAGCUUGGCUCGAGAAGGAUAAUAGUUGAUCAGAAAUCCUUAGUUGGCAUAUUCUUUGAAUUCCUCAAAGAAUAUUACAAAUUCCUAUGCAUUUGAUAGAAUGUAAUUAAUACGAGUUAUAAAACAUUAUAGGAGAAGUCGAUAAAAUCAUUAAAUAUAGUAGACCUUUGAUACUAACCAAUACCCCACAGAAUUGAAGAAAGAUGAAAUUAAAGAUAUUCAAGAUGAAUGA